AUGUCUUUCUCGUCGCUAGUCCAAGAUCUUGCCUUUCGCGACCAGGCCAAUGCCAGAGACAGCUCGGUCAGCCUUGACAACCAAUCCACUAUCUCCCGACCCUCACAGGCGCGGUCCUACACCUCAACCGCGGCGACGAGCGUCAGCAUUGCAGGCGACAUUUCGAGUCAGCUUCAUGCUGGAUACAGUCACCCAUUAUCAAGAGCAUGGCAGGCAGAGAGACAAUUAACCAAGUCCAUGUUGAUCUACCCUCUCUUCAUCACCGACAACCCCAACGAGGUCACUCCGAUCCCUUCGCUGCCCAACCAAAACCGCCUCGGCUUGAACAAACUAGUUCCAUUCCUUACACCGUUGGUCCAGAAGGGUCUGCGAUCGGUCAUUCUGUUUGGGGUGCCUCUUGCUCCUACCGCGAAAGAUGCCUUGGGCACUGCCGCCGACGACCCUGAAGGUCCGGUGAUCAAGGGCAUCCAACUGAUCCGUCGGCAUUUCCCUGAACUGUUUAUUGUCGCAGACGUCUGCCUGUGCGAGUACACGUCUCACGGCCAUUGCGGCAUCCUACGUGACGACGGGAGCUUGAACAACGCCAUGUCGGUGGAGCGUAUCUCGGACGUCGCAAUGGCAUACGCUCUUGCGGGCGCCCACUGUGUGGCACCGUCAGACAUGAAUGAUGGGCGGAUACGAGCGAUCAAACUCAAGCUGAUCGAAGCCGGCCUCGCCCACCAAGUCAACCUGAUGAGCUACGCGGCCAAGUUUUCGGGCUGUCUGUAUGGCCCUUUCCGUGAUGCCGCCGGAUCGUGCCCCUCGUUCGGCGACCGAAAAUGCUACCAGCUGCCUCCUGGCGGACGGGGCCUGGCGAGACGGGCCAUUGCACGAGAUGUCCAAGAAGGUGCGGACAUCAUUAUGGUGAAACCCGCCUCGUCGUACCUGGACAUCAUUUCAGACGCCAAGGAACUUGCAAAGGACAUGCCGGUCGCCGCGUACCAGGUCAGCGGCGAAUACGCCAUGAUCCACGCCGGAGCCAAAGCCGGGGUGUUUGACCUCAAGACUAUGGCCUUCGAGAGCACAGAAGGUAUCUUGCGAGCCGGCGCGGGCAUCGUCGUGAGCUACUUCACACCCGAGUUUCUGGAUUGGUUGAAUGCAUAA